AGCCAAGCUGACGGACGCGCAGUCGCUCUCCACACGGACUGUAGGGCUGUGGAGGAAGAGGCAGAGGAGGAAGAGGACAAAACAAGAAGAAAAACGAUGUCAAUGACCAUGAAGAAAGGAAUAAGUGCUAAGGCUGAGUCCAGAAAAUGUGCUGCACGUUUCUGGAGGCUCUUUCCUCACCUUUUGCUGUCUCUGUCUCUGGUUGCAUACGCUGCGCUGGGUGCACUCAUGUUCGAGCAUAUUGAAGGGAAGAAUGCAUUGACUACAAACCAGGAAUACCAUGAGUUCCUGGGUCAGAUUGUCAGCACCAUCCAGAACCUCACCAAUAACGCCUCCACACACCAACACAUGGUGCAGCAAGUGGAGAGUAAGAUGCAUGCCUUCAAGUCCAUAUGGUUCCAGAGACCUGACAGAUGGGAUUUUUUUGGCUCCAUGUUCUUCUGUUGCACUGUCUUUACAACAGUUGGGUAUGGGGAGAUCUAUCCAGUUACCUUGACUGGUAAGGUGGUGUGUGUCUUGUAUGCCAUGGUGGGCAUUCCUCUCAUGCUUCUGGUUAUCCUCGAUGUGGGAGACUUUCUCGCUUUGCUGAUGUCCAGAGGCUAUGUGCGCAUUCACACCCUCUGCAAAACCCUUCGUUCCCACACCUGGUCUCGGAAGAGAGGAAAGGACCUGAGACUCGAGAACAGCACCUGUGUUUUCAGCCAUAACGUUUUGGUCCAUGAACCCCUCGACAUCCGGCAGGUACUGCACAGCCAGGCAGAUGUACGGCAAAAGUCCAUCAAGCUCCAAAACAACAAAGAGAUCUUUGAGAAGAUUCUCAUUAGGGAGAAUUUACUAAGAAAAGGCCCACUGCUCAGAACCCUAUCCUGUCCAGAGCUAGACCGGCUGCCACCACCUAAAAAAGGAUAUACCAUUUGGGACUUCACGGGCUUAGGGGAUGGAAUGGAAAUGCUGGAUGUACCCUUUGUUCUGAUUCUGUUUAUCGUGUUUGCCUACAUUUUUCUUGGCGGCUUGAUUUUGCCAUUGUGGGAAAAAGAAUUCAAAGGCUUUGACCCCUUCUACUUCUGCUUUAUCACACUCACUACCAUUGGUUUUGGUGACAUUGUUCCCCAUCACCCUAAGUACUUCAUGCUUACCUCACUCUUCAUCAUUGUCGGGAUGGCUAUCAUGUCAAUGGCUUUCAAGCUCGGUCAAACACGAAUUGUAAGCUGCUAUCGCCAGUGCAUCAAGUUCAUCAGCAGGGGAAAUGUGGAGACGUUCCAAAAUAAAGAGAAUGAUUAAGUCAACAAGAGAAUCUCUGCCUCUUAUCGAAGAGGUGUACAAGGUCACACUCCUGGUUUUGACACAGGCCCAAAACAGGAGUCUGUGUGAACUUGUGCAGUGAAUUCUUUGUGCUGGCUGUUCGGUUAUAAGCAUGAGCAAAUUAAAAAGUGUGCAUGUGCCAAAUGCUUUUUCCCAGUGAAGGAGGGUGAUAUUCAAGACGAUUCCUAUCAAGAAGAACUUCAAAUUCUGCAUAUGUAGCUGCAGUAUUUUGCCAAGAAAUGAUUAUUAGAUGUACUUUAGUACUAUGUGGCACUUGUAAUGCCUUGAGGCCAACAUAGGGUGGAAAUAAUAGUGUUGCAUUUGAUUACAAGACAGAACUCUUGAUUUCUUACUCCCUUCUGGGAAAACCAAAUAAAAUUGCCUUUUAUAUUCAGUUUUGUUUGUUCAUUUAAACUUCACUGAAUGACAUGAUGUCAAAUGAACAUGGCUGCCCACACGCUCAGCAGACACAACCCAAGCACCAGAAUAAAUGUUGGCAAUGUACAUUUCUUCAAACCAGGGACUUGUAGCAUUUCUAUAUUAUUGUGUAGAAAAUAUAUAGAAACGUAUAGGUUUUUUUGUUUCAACAAUGAUCAUUAUGUGUCCUCAGAUACCUGGUUUUGGUGGCACAGUAGCCACUGGAGAUGCCAUCGAUGUCAUAUUUAUUGGCAACUAAUUUGGUCAGGAUUUUUUGUCCACUAGGUUGAUUAUUCAUUGCACCCAAAAGCACAUGAGACAAAUAAAACAAAGAUGUAACAGACAGGGAGGUUAA